AUGACUGUUACUCAGAAAAUGGGGGAUGAUUCUCAGUCGAGUAUUAGUGUGGUGCAACCCAUACCGUCCAAGGCAGUUACAGUCGAUAAGAAUAGUUUGGAGUAUAUAGUGAAAUCAGGGAUAGCGGGAGGAGUAGCUGGUUCAUGUGCGAAGACAUUGAUUGCGCCUCUAGAUAGAAUCAAGAUACUUUUCCAGACUUCAAAUCCUCAUUUCACCAAGUUUGUGGGGUCUAUGAAUGGGCUCGUUUUGGCUGGCCGACAUAUAUGGUUUCGUGAUGGGAUUAGAGGGUUUUUCCAGGGUCACUCAGCUACUAUUAUUAGGAUAUUUCCUUACGCAGCCAUCAAGUUUAUUGCAUAUGAACAGAUAAGAAAUGUUGUAAUACCGUCUUAUCAAUACGAGUCGCAUUGGAGAAGGUUGCUUAGUGGGUCUUUUGCAGGAUUAUGCUCAGUAUUUAUAACCUAUCCCUUGGACCUCGUUCGUGUAAGAUUAGCGUACGUUACUGAACGCCAAAACGCAUAUGUUUCCAAAGUAAUAAAGCAGAUAUAUGAGGAGCCUGCAUCUAAUAUUUUGCUAUUUCAAUCGUAUGUUCCACGCUGGUUCGCCCAUUGGUGCAAUUUUUAUCGUGGGUAUACUCCUACAGUGUUAGGGAUGAUUCCGUAUGCAGGUGUCUCUUUCUUUGCACACGACCUAUUCCAUGAUAUUCUUAGAAAUCCUAUACUAGCACCGUAUUCUGUUUUGCCCCAAGGCCGAGCGCAUUCUUACGAUAGGUCUGUACCAUUGAAAACCUGGGCCCAGCUAGUUGCUGGGGGGCUGGCUGGAAUGGCUUCUCAAACUGCUGCGUACCCCUUUGAAAUUAUAAGACGCAGAUUACAAGUGUCCGUCGUAACUGAUCCCUCAAGGGAGAACUUCAUUGGAAUCAAUGAAAUGGCCAAAAUUUUGUAUAAAGAAAGUGGCUUUCGUGGAUUUUUUGUUGGAUUAAGUAUAGGAUAUCUUAAGGUAACACCAAUGGUCGCAUGUUCAUUUUUUGUCUAUGAGAGAAUGAAGUGGUAUCUUCAAAUAUAG